CUUUCCUUUCUUUUUUCCCUUUAAUAUUAGAGAUGACCAUAUUACUUUUUUGUUUGUUGGGUUUAUCUUUGGUAUUUGCACAACAAAUACCUCAGGCACAAUAUAAACAAGGAUGUGAACUGUUGGGAAAAAAAAUUUAUUGUUUUGGUGGAGCUAUAAGGGAUACCUCAUCCAGCUUUGCUCAAUAUGCUGAUUCAUUUAAUAACAAUCAUUAUGUUCUUGAUCUCACUAAUUUUACUACCGAUAAAGAUGCUGCAAACUUGCAAUGGCAACAAGUACCUCCUCCAUCAAAUCAAUUCGUUUUAGAACCUAGAGCUGAUUUUGCUCAUGUCAAAGUCUCUGAUAAUUCUUAUAUUGUCUUUGGUGGAGCUGGCUCUACUAAAACUUAUGCUGCCAAUCCUAAUCUGAAGAAUCUCACCACUAUAUACUUUGCAGAUCAAAACUCAUGGCAAACAAUCCCAACUGGUCAAUUACCUCCAAGUACUAUUUUGACCAAUCAAGGAUUUGGUGGAGAAGCAUUGAUGGAUGGUAAUGGUACUGUUUGGUUAUUUGGUGGUAUUCCUCCUAGUCCACAAGCAACUUCAUUUAAUCUCAAUUCCACUAUUUUGAAGAUCAAAAAUCAAAACCCUCAAUGGACUGCUAUCUCUGCUACAUUGAAUCCUCCAGCUGAUGAUCCUUUUUAUCCUUCAUUCCAUCAUGGUGCUGUCUCUAUGAGAAACGGUUACAUUUACUCAUAUGGAGGCAUUUCUUAUAGUUUUGCCUUUGGUAAUUAUCAAAACAACUAUGCUGAUUCGAACGGAUUCUUCAAACUUCCAACUGUCAACUCUGAAAUGUACGAAUUUCUUGUAUACAACAAUUCCGGUAACGACACCAAAGACUUUGAUUAUAACUAUGUUGCUCCUGUUCAAAGAGAACUACAUACUUUAACUGCUUUACCCAACUCUGAUACUUUCCUUUUAUAUGGUGGAGUCAGUGGAUCCAAUAUUAUUAGCGAUUACUGUUAUACUUAUGACACCAUUAGUAACUUAUGGACAAAAAUCACUUUCCAAGGUGGUGGUCCUGGUCCUAGAUAUGGUCAUUCUGCUAUUGCUUAUGGCAAGGACUCUGUAUUUGUUAUGUUUGGUGCCAAUUCCAAUGGGAAUAUGUUGAAUGAUGCCUAUGUUUUGAAUACGACAACCUUUACUUGGACUAACAUCCCUACUGCUAAUAAUGGAACAACAUCCAAUGAUUCAUCCACUGGAUCGUCAUCUGUUCUUGGAGGAGGCGCCAUUGCUGGUAUUGUUAUCGGCUCUAUUGCUGUUAUUGCAAUCAUUGCAGGUGGUGGUUACUUUUUAUAUAAACGUGGUGUUUUCAAUACCCAACAAACUACAGCUACAUUUACUCCUCCUGUUUACGGCAAUCAAGAUGAUGAUGAUGAUCUCAAUCGACCUACCACUGAAAAAUUCGCAAAUCCUUCUCCAAAUGGUCAACAACAAGCACGCGCAAUGGAUGUAUAUCCUGUACCUCUGGCUCAUUUGAAUACAGCAAGCCAGUCAUCACAUGCCAUCAAACCAUUAGAACAUGAUACCUUGUCAAGUCCUGCUGACACUGAUUACAACGAACUACCAAUGAAACCAAUGUCCAAUCAUUAUGGAGAUAUGCACUCUAGCAGCUACGGGGAUGGAUCUGUCAAACCUCAUGAUGCAAGAUUUUCUGAUGAAAUACAUUCUACUUCUACGGCGGAUUUGGUCGGAUCUUCUGGUUAUCCUCAUCCUGUUAAACCUCAUGGUUUUGAAUAGAUAAAAUACUUUAGUUUAUCGUCAUUUUAUUCUCUCCUAUUUGAUCAUCUACUUUCUAUCUUUUAUUAUCUAUUACUUCCUUUACGCCUUAUUUACAUCAGCGUAGUAAUGACUUUCACCUUUUU